AUGUGUUCGACAAAAUGUCCGACUGGGAUUUCACUGCCAGUCCAUGAAUCUCCAAGAGACUUAUCGCUUUUGGAUUCAAUUUCUGAAUUCGAGUUUUGUGUUGGUGGUAGUUUUGAACAUGAGUCUUCUUCUGCAGACGAGCUCUUCUUCAAUGGCGUCAUCGUUCCCACUCAGAAUCAACAGAGGUUUGUGCACAGUAAACGAACCCAUCCACGCGAGAGUGCUCCAUUUUUACCCUCCUCGCUUCCCCCUCUUCCUCCUGCGGCAGCAACCGAGAAUUCAAAGAAAGAGAAUACAGAGGAACUAGUUCAUGUUGUGAAUUCUGAAUCCGAGAAGAAAAGUCGGUCCAAAUCUUUCUGGGGGUUCGGAAGAAGUAACAGUGUUACUUAUGACAGUAGAAAGAGCUCAUUGUGCUCUCUACCACUUCUUUCACGAAGUAAUUCAACUGGUUCAGUGCAAAACCCAAAACGAACGCCAUUGAAGGAUGUGAAAGGGCAGAGUCCUCUGCUGCAGAGACAGCAUUCAGUUUCAGAGGGCAAGUCAAAGUCCUCAUUUUUAGCACCCCCAUUUUCAAACUCUGCUGCAAAUUCUUACUCAAAGCUCCAAAAGCCUCAUCAUAAGAAGAAUCAGGGAGGGUUUUAUGGCAACAAUCUCUGUAUAAACCCCAUUUUGAAUGUACCACCUCCUUAUAUCACCAAAGAAACUGCAAACAUCUUUGGCUUGAGUUCUCUUUUACGCGGCGGUGGCAAAGAAAAGAAGAACAGAAAAUGA